UUUAUUCCUACACCGCCUUCCUCACUUCGCCCGCGCGCCGUCUCUUCCGUCGCCACCAAACCACUUCCUCCGCCGCUGCUUUUCACCUCUCCCGCACGCGCCGCCGCCUCCACCUCCGCAGCCGUGAGCUGUCACCGGAGAAGGCGACGCCGCCGCCGUGAUCUGUCGCCGGAGAAGACGCCGCCGCUUCAAGACGCUGCCAAAGUCUUUAACGUUAUCUACCGGAAAUUUGCGAUGGCUACGCCUUUCACAAGACGUUUGGACGCAGUUGCCCGUGAAUUGGCUUCUAAGAAAGGUUCUGGAAGAUGGUGUGCUUCUCGCAUUGCUGCUGCCGAGCGGGCCAUCCUCGAUCGUAUCCCACUCGUUGACCUUGUUCUCGAAGUCCGCGAUGCUCGGAUCCCAACUACAUCUGCUUUUGAGUCCUUAAGAAAAGCGUGUUGCUCCCAUAAGCAAGUGAUUGUGCUGAACAAGGUUGACUUGGCUAAUGAUUCCCUAACCAAGAAAUGGAUUGAGAACUUCAAAAACCAGAACUAUCCAACGUGUGGACUCAAUGCUCACAAUAAGGAUAGUGUCAAAGAGCUACUGAGAAUUGUACGAGCUAAACUGAAAGAACUAAAGUUUGGUCAGAGUAAGUAUACUGCAACUAUACUCCUUGCUGGAAUCCCGAAUGUUGGAAAAUCAUCCAUAGCCAAUAAUAUGCAUCAAAUAGGAAGGAUUGGAGCAGCAGAGAAAGGAAAACUAAAGCAUGCAGUAGUUAGCCCAUAUCCUGGGGAAACAGAAGAUAUCAGCAGUUAUAAGUUUGGAAGUCAUCCCAACCUCUACGUAUUGGAUACACCUGGUAUUCUUCGACCUGAAAUUGCUCACUAUCAUUCAGGGGCUAAACUAGCCUUGACAGGAGCUAUCAAGGAUAAUCUAUUGGAUGAGCAUGAACUUGCUCGGUAUUUUCUGGCUAUUCUAAACUUGUCUGAAGAAUACAAACGAUGGGUAACACCGAAGGAUACUACAGAUAGCAUGCCUGGUAGCUUAGAGAAACAUAGAAGAAAGGGACAAUAUGCUUCAGAUUUUACACAGGAUUUCAUUGUCAAAGAUGUUCGUCAAACCCUUUUCGAUUGCAUAUCAUCGUUUGAGGGAGAUUUGGAAAAUGAAUGUGACAUGGAGAGAUUGAUCGAAUCUCAGAUUAAAGCAUUGCAAGUGCCUCUUAAAGCUUCUCUAGAGUCAAGUGCGCACAGACAUAGCACGGUUGCUACAAAAUUACUAAAGCUUUAUAGAACUGGAAGACUUGGCCACUACACCUUAGAUCUUGUAGAUACACAAGCAAGAAAAUGGCAGGAAACACGAUGAGCUCCAAUAUGAGUGGAAUCAAGGCAUCAUACUCUAAUUCUCUCUCUGGCCACAGUUAACCGUGCACGAAGAAGAUGUUGCAGGUGAAGGAUGAGCAGUGCCGCCAGUGCCAUGUACAUUGGGUUCUCCAUUUUCUCCUCCUCGCCGGGGAGAUGGAGAAGCUAGAUGCCAAUGCAACUGUCGCCGCCAGCUAGAUGUAAAGAAGUAAGCUUUGAUCUUAAUGUCGCCUCUUCUCCUAUGCAAAUCUAUUUUUCCAUGGCAUGCAUUGUCCAUAUCACGGAGGUGAAGAAAAUUUUUAUUUUACUAUCAAAAUGCUUACUCUACAAGUGAUAUAGUGGUCAUUUAGAAAGGUUAAAUAUAGAGAUAAGACAUUUUGAUACUCAAGUGAAACAUUUUGGCAUUAAUGGAAAAAGUUGCUGAACUAUUGAAAU